CAGGCCGCCCAGGGGGUGGGGUGCCAGCAACGCGCCAGACGUCACCUCCUCAGCGCUGCUGUUUCUCCACAGGAAAAAGCGAGCUUUAAGCUGCGAGUUUUGCGUUCGACCGACCACCGCAGCCGAGGGAUUCAAUCGAUUGAUCGAUUGCUGGUUUUUUUUUAAUCAAUUCAUCCCCCGCCACCGUCCACCCAUCGGCACCCAGACGACCGGGCCGCUGCACAUCCUCGUUCGUUUCUGGUUCUUGGUUUUCUCUCGGCCCAUCAAAGCCCCAAGAUCGGAACCCGCCACCCCGACCUGUCUUUCUCACCAGACCAGCCGCCCGUCGUCCUCCAGCCUGCUAAUGGCGUCGUCCGCAGAAGAAGACCAGCACGCCGGCGGGCUCGUGCGGCCGACCGAGUACGACAUCCGCGACAGCAACGUCGAGCUGGUCAACAGCGAACUCGACCACAAGGUCAAGCACAACUCGGCCGCCACCGAGCCGGCGUGGCGCGCGGGCGGCGUCGGCGCUGAGUCCGGCCUGUACGUGUGGCGCAUCGAGAAGUUCACACCCGUGCUGGUGCCCAAGGCCAAACACGGCCACUUCUUCGAGGGCGACAGCUACAUCGUCCUGCACUCGCACCGGGGAGCGCCCACCACCACCAACACCACCACCACCAAUAACAACAACAUCGACGAGACAGCCGCCAAGAAGAAGCUCGUACACGACAUCUUCUUCUGGCUCGGCGCGCACACGACGCAGGACGAGGCCGGCACCGCCGCCUACAAGACGGUCGAGCUCGACGAGUUCCUGCACGGCGCCGCCACGCAGCACCGCGAGCUGCAGGCGGCGCCGAGCGACGAGUUCGUGGCUCUGUUCCCGCGGCUGACGGUGCGGCGCGGCGGCGUGGCCUCGGGCUUCCACCAUGUCGACGCGCUCAGCCUCAAGGACAAGAAGGGCGACGGCGAGCGGCUGGUGCUGCUGCGCGUGUUCCGGCACCCGCCGGCCGCUGCGGUUGCCGGCCGCGGCGGCCCGGGCAGCGCGGUCGUGGUGCAUGAGGUGGAGCCGACGUGGCGCAGCCUCGACGAGGGCGACGUCUUCAUCCUCGACCAGGGCAACCACGUUUCCGUGUGGCAGGGCCGGCGCUGCUCGCCCAUAGAGAAGGCCAAGGCGGCGCAGAUCGUGCACGACAUGACCGACGGCCGCCGCGUCAAGGUCAACGUCGAGGUGCUGUCGCAGACCGAGUCGCGCGCGCGCGCCGUACUCAAGGCCCUCGGCGCCUCCGACGACGACAUUGCCGCCGCCGCCGACGCCUUCCACGCGCCCAGGCCCAUGCGCACCUCGGCCGCGGCCACCGCUCCACUGGCAGCAGGCAGCGAGCCGCCCCGCAAGCGCUCGCGCAAGCUGUUCCGGCUGAGCGACGCGUCAGGCCAGCUCGAGUUCCGGCUCGUCGGCGACGACGGCGUCGAGGGCGGCGAGACCAUCUCGCGCGAGGAUCUCGUCGGGGACGACGUGUUCCUGCUCGACGACGCCGGCAAGACCAUCUGGGUGUGGGAGGGCAGCCGCGCCAGCACCGCCGAGAAGGCCAUGUGGCUCAGGGUGGCGCAGGCGUACGUCCGCAAGCUGCAGCAGGGCGAGGACGGCGCCGCCGCCGGCGACGUCUAUCUGACCCCCAUCGCCAAGGUCCGCGAGGGCAACGAGAGCGCCGCGUUCCUGCGCGCCGUGCAGGUGGUGUGACGAAUAGCUACGCUGGGCGAGGCAAGGGGGGCUGCGAGGUGCAGAUGCUGGGGUGGCGUGAGAGAGACGGCUGCCGUGCAAUGCCGUGUAAUGUAGUAGCUUUUUUGCCAUCUUGAUGAAUUAAUCGC